UAAGCGAAAAUGAGCGGCUAUUUGUGAAUUUCAAAAGCGGAGAGAGUAACAGAGACAGAGAGCGGGAGAGAGAGAGAGAUGCCGAUGAACGAAGAGAAAGCGAGGUCAGUGAGGAAGGCGUUGAGGGACGUAGCGAACAACUAUGGCGGUGGAAGGUUCUCGAAAUCUUCUGCCACAGCGAAGAAGAACGGAAGGUUCUCCAAAUCUUCUGCCACCGCGAAGAAGAAAGACAAGGAACCACACAAGCUUAGGGUCGAAGAAGAUGAAGGAAAGGAUCAAAACGAAGAUACUCUGGAUCGGCUCUUGCUCCUUCAGUCCGAUCUCUCUGCCCUAGUUCAUCAGAUUGAUGAAUUAGUUGUGCAAGCAUUUAAAAGCAAAGGAACAGAAACCAAAGAAGUUGAAUCCUUCACAAACUUCUUGUCUGAGAUACUUUCCUCUAUGAAGCCAUGGGUUCCCAGGCUUCAGAAGUCACUCUCCACUCCUGUGGAGUCUACUGUAAAUGAAGUUGAAAGUGUAGAGGUUGAGAGUCCACUAGGCUCCCUUAUCUCACCUUCUCCCCUUGUGUCUUGGCGUGCCGACUGCACUAUCGAAAGAGGGAGACAUCUGUUUAAACUUACCCCUCUUCCCAUAUCAAAGUCUCUGUCUUCCAAACCCCAAAUCCCUUCUAAAUCAUCAGUCUUUGAGAGAAUUUCUUCUGGUACUUCUGAUAGGAUACCCUUUUUUCAUGCUACUUUUGGAGAUGCAAAUGAUGAUUUGCUUGAAUUUGUGGCAACAAAGCCAACUCCAAGUAAGCCUUCUGGACCAGUUGGUAUUGAGCCAGGAAGCAAUAUUGAGUUUGGUUUUGUUUCUCCGCCCUUGUUUUCGAAACAAGGGGGCUCCAUGGUCGUGAAUGUGAUGACUCCGUGCCUAAAAACGUCUCCUCCUAAAUCUUGUGUUUUGCUUGAACCCAUUUCAGAAUCCUCUCCUAAGGGCCAUCGCAGGGUUCAUAAGUCUACCCCGUUUCCUGUCGGAUUCACAAAUUGCAGUGAAUCCUCUGGUAGUGAAGUUUCUGAGGAUCUGGCUUUCAGGUAUCCAGAGCUGUUGGCGCUACAACAGGCUUAUAAAUCGGGACCUAGAAAGAAACAUGUAGAAGCGUCACCAGAAUGGUGUAUGUCACCUCCCAGAACUUGUGUUCUACUAAAUCCACCUGAUGAAGAGUCUUCAGACAAUGCUGAUUUCCAAUUGCCACAAACCAGUCAUCUUCUAGAUAAGCAAAUGAAUUUGUAUGUAUCAAAAGGAAAUGAUGGACAAGGAGGCAUUCAUCAAGUCAAAACAUCUUGUCUUCAAGAACCUGUACGGGGCAGGCUUGCACUGAUAGGAAGCACCCCGAUCUGGAAAGAAGCUGAAAGCGUUGUUCGAAUGGGCAAGCGUCCUGGUGAGAAUACCUUAAAGAGGGAGUUGUGGACAAAGUUUGAAGCAGCUUCUUCAAAUGAGCUUCUGUUUAAUGACUGUGCAACUCAUAAAGGAUUUCUUGAUCGAUUGGAUGAGGUUUCUUGAAAUGGAGAUUACCAAAUGGCUUUCGAAUAAAUAGUUUCAUGAUCUUUAAUUCUGAUUUGUACAAGGUGGGUUCAUUUGUAUCUUUUAGAAGUGUAAGGAGCUUUGCACAUGUAAUUUUGUAUCCCUACAACAUAGAACCACCAGCAACACAUGUAAUUUUGCAGACUUCUUGGCUUAUAAAUUAUAAUUUCUUUCA